UCCUGUUUAGAAGUAAAAUCCAAAACAGCUGUCUAAACAGCAGCUCGCUAUCUUUGUCUCUUUACCGACUCUCUCCCUCUCCUCUUUUUAAGUUUAAAAAAAAAAAAAAAAACGGGCUGGUCCUCGGAGUGAUGUCACCUCCCUCUUGCACGGGCAUCCAACCACAAGCAGCAUGCGUCCCCGCAAGAGGCGCUUGGAACCUGAACGCAGUGGCAGCAUUACGCACGGAUCCGCUGACAUGCUUUGUCUGACAUUCACGAUGCAUUCGCAAGCUUUUCGUCGUAUCGGGACUUUUGGGAGGUUUUGUAUGGGUGAGUUAAAGCUAGACUGCAGUAGUAGUGAUUCUUACAACCAGUUAGGAGAGCUUUACGCACGCUUAAACUCCACGACUCGGCUACUUGGGAAGACAAGCGGAAAGCGCGCGCCCAAACAUGACGCACCGGGGCAGAUUUGAGCCACGAUGGAUCCAAGCGAGGUGAACGCUUCGGUGGAAAAUGUCUCCGAUGAUGUAAACGGCACGGACGCGGAGCUCGAAUGGCCCCACACUGCGCCAGCGGCGGCGCUCAUAAUCUUGGUGGUCACCGCGAUCAUCUCCGUGACUAUCGUGGGGAAUGUGUUGGUGAUCGUGGCAGUGUUGACCAGUCGGGCUCUGCGCGCCCCUCAGAACCUCUUCUUGGUCUCCCUGGCGUCGGCGGACAUCCUGGUGGCCACCCUGGUCAUCCCAUUCUCGCUGGUGAACGAGGUGAUGGGCUACUGGUACUUUGGAAGCACUUGGUGCGCAUUUUACCUGGCGCUUGAUGUGUUGUUCUGCACCUCCUCUAUCGUGCACCUGUGCGCCAUCAGUUUGGACCGCUACUGGUCCGUCACCAAGGCUGUGAGCUACAACCUGAAGAGGACUCCAAAGCGCAUCAAGUCCAUGAUCGCGCUAGUGUGGGUGAUCUCGGCGAUCAUUUCCUUCCCUCCUCUCCUCAUGACCAAGCACGACGAGCGUGAGUGUCUCAUCAACGACGAGACGUGGUACAUUCUCUCCUCCUGCGUGGUGUCCUUCUUUGCGCCGGGUCUCAUCAUGAUCCUGGUCUACUGUAAGAUCUACAAGGUGGCCAAGCAGCGCUCCUCCACGGUUUUCGUGGCCAAAAACGGACUGGAAAGGCAGCCCUCUCAGUCAGAAACCUGCUUCGUCCGGAAGGAUCGUUUUGACAUGGAGAGCCCCAGCAGCCAAAGUUCGGGCAGCCACCCGCAGAGGCAAGGCGAGCUUGACGACAUCGACCUGGAGGAGAGCUGCUGUCCUUCCGACGUCAAACCACGCAACAACCACUUCAGCAGACGGGGAAAGGUGGAAGGUUCGGAGACCUGCUCGUCACACAAUUGUCGCAUUUCCUGGGCUUCGUCCCGCGCGUCUCAGCUCUACUCCGAACAGCAAGUUCCGACCGGGCGCCAACACGCCGCCGCCGUAAACAAGAACAAAGUGGCCCAGAUGCGGGAGAAGCGCUUCACCUUCGUCCUGGCCGUGGUGAUGGGGGUGUUUGUGCUCUGCUGGUUCCCGUUCUUUUUCACCUACAGCCUGCACGCUAUCUGCAGGGACAGCUGCUAUAUCCCUGGCACGCUUUUCAAUCUUUUCUUUUGGAUUGGCUACUGCAACAGCUCUGUCAACCCCAUCAUUUACACGAUUUUCAACAGGGAUUUCAGGAAAGCCUUCAAGAAAAUCAUUUGGCCGACCCCGAAGCGCACGUAAACACAGGGAGGCUUUUGGAGGGGCAAAGCUGCUUUCCCAGCUUUCUUUUGCAAAAGCUUGGAAGGUAUUUGGGCAGAUUAACAGAACUCAGCCUGGAGCUGAUUAUUUUCCUUCUGCACAAUUCUGAAGUGACUUCUGAACAUUGAGUGGUGUGUACAAAUCACAGAGUUACAUUUUGAGCACACACACAAAAAAAGUUGAAAAAUACAUGAAUACUCAUGUGGAAUGUGCAUGGUCAGUAUUAAAAAUGUACCUCAUAAAUGCUUCUCUUGGUAUAUGUUAACUUUUGCAAGCCUCAAAAAAAUAUUUAUUUCAAUAGCGACAAAAGCAAGGAAGGAGGAAGGUUAAAGUGCCAUAAGCAAAGAUGCACGAAUUGAAUCUAGAUAAAACAACACUUUUGGGGCUAUUCAAAGACUCUUAGAUGUGAAUUGUAUUAAUAUUUUUACGAUUACAGUGAUCCCUCGCUAUUUGGCGCUUCAUACUUCGUGCCCUCAUUCCAUAGCGGAUUUUAUUUCAAUAAAAAAAAAAUAAAAAAAAAUAGAUACAGUAUUUUAUUUAAAAAUGUUGAGAUAUAAGCAUGUAUCCAUGUACAAAUAAUUGUUUUCGUUUACAUAUAUCUCAUUUAUAUAACAAUCAUUAAAUUUGCAGUCCACAAAAAAACAUUAAAAUAUAAAGUUUUUUUUUUUUUUUUAAUACUUUCGGGAAAAAAGCAGAAAAAACAUGUCUUAUAUGUAUCUCUUUCCAAUGCUGAUAGUCUGGAUAAAUACAUUGAACACACUAAAAAUAUAUACAGUACACACACACACACACACA